AUGGCCUCGGGGCAUUGCAAACUGGGGGCCGUACCAGUGCAUCACCACUGUCACCAUCAGCAUCCUCUGUCGCUCCAGCCGCCAGUAGGGUCCAAAGCACCUUGUCCUGAAAAAAUUAAGAGAGAUGUCAGCGCAGAAACUUAUUGGUCCAGGCCUGAAUGCCAGGUUUGGACUGUGAUGUUACUCCUGGGGACAUGUCUUCUAUACUGUGCCCGGGUCACUAUGCCCAUCUGUGCUGUCUCAAUGAAUGAAGAUUUUGGCUGGAACAAGAAGCAGUCUGGGAUCUUAUUGAGUAGCUUCUUUUGGGGUUACUGCUUAACUCAGAUCAUGGGGGGCCAUCUUGGGGAUCGGAUUGGAGGAGACAAAGUCAUCUUGAUCUCAGCAUCAGCUUGGGGUUUCAUCACAGCUGUUACCCCGUUGCUCUCCCACAUCAGUAGCUCCCACUUGGUCUUUAUGACUCUCUCCCGAAUACUCAUGGGGUUGUUUCAAGGGGUUUAUUUUCCUGCCUUGACAAGCCUGUUGUCUCAGAAAGUCCGAGAAAGUGAGCGCGCAUUCACCUAUAGCACUGUGGGUGCAGGUUCCCAGUUUGGGACCCUGGUGAUUGGAGGAGCUGGCUCUCUCCUCUUGGAAUGGUAUGGCUGGCAGAGUGUCUUUUACUUCUCUGGUGUGUUCACUUUGAUUUGGGUCUAUUUUAUGUACAGAUACCUGCUGAGGAAAAAAGAACUUGUAAUGUCGUUGGGAAUUUUGGCAAAAGGCUUUUCCAUUUCCAAGCAGAAAAAGGUUCCCUGGAGACAGUUAUUUAGGAGACCUCCUGUGUGGGCAGUCAUAUUUGCUCAGCUCUCUUCUGCCAGUUCAUUUUUCAUCCUCCUUUCCUGGCUGCCAACCUUCUUUAAGGAAACUUUCCCCAGCUCUAAGGGCUGGGUGUUCAAUGUUAUCCCCUGGCUGAUUGCAAUCCCUACCAGCGUGUUUAGUGGUUUUCUUUCGGAUCACCUCAUCAGUCAGGGCUACAGAACAAUCACUGUGCGCAAACUGAUGCAGGUGAUGGGUUUAGGCCUGUCCAGUGUGUUUGCUUUGUGUUUGGGUCACACAAGGAGCUUUUGUAAAUCUAUUGUAUUUGCAUCAGCUUCUAUUGGACUCCAGACCUUUAACCACAGUGGAAUUUCAGUUAACAUUCAGGACCUGGCCCCAUCCUGUGCUGGCUUUUUAUUUGGUGUAGCAAAUACAGCUGGAGCCUUGGCUGGUGUUGUUGGGGUGUGCUUGGGAGGAUAUCUGAUUGAAACCACUGGCUCCUGGACUUCAGUUUUCAAUCUUGUGGCCAUCAUUAGUAAUCUGGGACUAUGUAUGUUCCUGGUAUUUGGAGAAGCCCAGAGGGUGGAUUUCAGCUCUGCCUAUGAAGAACUUUAACUCUUGAAGCCUCCAGCUGGAAACUGACAGACCACUCAGUCAACGAAGAGUUGCAUUUCCAUUUAAUUCUUCAUGGGGAAAAGAUAGCCAGUUUUCUAAAGGAAAAGGGAAAAGUGUGCUGAUUAACCUCAUGACUGGAGAAUCCAUGACAUUUUUUCCAGAAGAUGUUCACUGAGUCUUCCUUGAAGAAAAAGGCAACAUAUUUAAACCAGACAGAAUUUAAUUUAAAUGAUGAUCAUUA